AUGUUAGAAAAAAACUACCUCGAAAAAUUUUUUCAGCCAUUUGUGCUCAGAGAGAUAGGUUUUUACUUUACACCAAAUCAGAUGUCGAUUUCCUCGAUGCUUGAAGCGUUCGCUCGUUGCGAAAUAUCCCCAGGUGUCGCGAGCAGAAGGCAGCUCGGCCUACCACAUCAGGGCAGAAAUAUCCCCAGGUGUCACGAGGAGUCGUUAUUGUUUGUCCAUUAUUGGGCAUCAGUGGAUAAGCAGGAUCUUAUCCUUGAGGAUCAAGAUGCAACUACUUCUGCGCUCCAUAGUGGAAUGCAAAAAUUUCGAGAUGCCGGACUGGCGAUUGUAGUUACUAGUCGUGCAGACGGUACUGGAGAGGAGGGCCACGUUCUUGACUGUGGCAAGCUGCGUCAGGUAUUUUUAAAGACUUUCUUUAUUUGGCUAAGAAACAAAGUUGUAAUGUCUAGGAGUAUUCGAAUUUGAUGAACAUUGUCUAAAGUUGUAAUAUCCAUGCGUAUUCGAAUUUGAUGAAUGUUGUCUCGCUCUCGUUUUAAGAUAUCCACCACACUCCAACCGACGGCAACCACGAUGAUUACAACACGACUCACUCCGACUACCACUUCUAGAUCAUCACCCAUCAAAUCAUGGCCACCACCAACCACCACCAGAUCGUCACUCGAAUCAUGGCGGAAGAUGGUGCUAUGAAUCAAGAGUUUUGGACCAGUGUUGCGAACGCGAUACCUCAGCAAGUGGAGAAUAUCACCUUGAAGGAGUUCUCGGAUGCCUUGCACCAGUGGUUGUUGCAGGAUCAAAUGUUAGAAGAUGAUAGAGAACCAAGAAAUGGUGAAGACGCGGCUACAAGAACGGCUCAACCAGUAGCAGGAACUGAUACUGAAGACGAGCUGCUUCUUCAACACAAUGGC